UUUCUCUUUCUCAGAGCGAACAUCUCCAUCUAAUUUUCCUCAUUUUACUUGCCAUCUCAAUUAUUUUAUAUACCUCAGCCGCCGAGCACAUCCAUCCAAAUUGCUCCUCUCCCUUUCUUGCUAGUUGGCGUUGCCGAAAUACUCACACCACUGGAAAAGAGAAAGAGAGGGAGAGAGAAAAGGAAAAAUUGUGACCCCUGUGUUCACAGGUAUAUGCAGAUGGAAAAGAAAGAACAACAUGAAGCAGGAGGAGCAGAAGAGGGAAAGCAUGCACUACUCCAGCUCUCUUAAUUUCUGCUGAUCUGACAAAGUUUUCGACUUCCAGAAGUAAACCAGCUGCCUCUGUACCUUAAGCGAGUGAAAGGGAGAGAUCGGGAGGAGGAGGAGGAAGAGGAUAGAAUUUUUAAUUAAAAGAAGGCGGAGUUCAUGGAGGAGACGCUGAAGUGCCUCUCGUUGGACUACCUCAACUUGCUGAUCAACGGGCAGGCGUUCAGCGACGUUACCUUCAGCGUGGAGGGCCGCCUCGUCCACGCGCACCGCUGCAUCCUCGCCGCGCGCAGCCUCUUCUUCCGCCGCUUCUUCUGCGGCACCGACCCGCCCUCGCCGGGCCUGCUCUCCUCGCCGCGCCGCUCCGGCGCCGUGCCGACCGCCGUCAUCCCGGUCAACUCCGUCAGCUACGAGGUCUUCCUUCUCGUCCUCCAGUUCCUCUACAGCGGCCAGGCCUCCGUGGUGCCGCAGAAGCACGAAACCCGGGCCAGCUGCGGCGAGCGCGGCUGCUGGCACGCCCACUGCACCGCCGCCGUCGACCUCGCCCUCGACACCCUCGCCGCCGCCCGAUCCUUCGGCGUCAAGCAACUCGAGCAGAUCACAGAGAAGCAAUUGGCGGGCAUGGUGGAGAAGGCGUCGAUCGAGGACGUGAUGAAGGUGCUGCUGGCGUCGCGGCAGCAGGAGACGCAGCAGCUGUGGAGCACCUGCUCCCACCUCGUCGCUAAGUCUGGUCUCCCGGCGGAGGUGCUCGCCAAACACCUCCCCAUCGACGUGGUGGCUCAGAUCGAGCAGCUCCGCCUCAAGUCCUCCCUCUCCCGCCGCCCCUCUUUCAUCCAGCACCACCAGCUCGACCUCGGCGGGCCCUCCGUCGACGUCGAGGACCAUCGCCACAAGAUCCGCCGCAUGCGUCGCGCCCUCGAUUCCUCCGACGUCGAGCUCGUCAAGCUGAUGGUCAUGGGCGAGGGGCUCAACCUCGACGAGGCGCUGGCGCUCCAUUACGCGGUCGAGAACUGCAGCCGGGAGGUCGUCAAGGCGCUCCUCGAGCUCGGCGCGGCCGACGUCAACUGCCCCGCCGGCCCCGCCGGGAAGACCCCUCUCCACGUCGCGGCCGAGAUGGUCUGCCCCGACAUGGUCGCCGUGCUCCUCGACCACCACGCCGACCCCAACGUGCGCACCGUCGACGGCGUCACGCCGCUCGACAUCCUCCGCUCCCUCACUUCCGACUUCCUCUUCAAGGGCGCGGUGCCGGGCCUGACCCACAUCGAGCCCAACAAGCUCCGCCUCUGCCUCGAGCUCGUUCAGUCAGCGGCGAUGGUGAUGUCGAGGGAGGAAGCCAAUAACUGCGCCGCCGCCGCCGCCGGGAACAACCCCGUGUACCCGCGGCUGAACCAUCACGAAACCAGCCCUUGCAACGCGACCUGCUCCAGCCCCAGCAUGGUCAACCUCAACCUGGAUUCAAGGAUGGUGUAUCUGAACCUCGGGAUCGCAGAGCAAUUCGGGUGCAAGAUAAAUGACGGCGCCGGAGAUCAGAGCAGCACCACCACCAGCAGCAGACCUGAAGGCAUCGCUCCAUCCUCCCUGUACCAUUCCCAUGGAUUCCCCUAACUAGUGGCCUAUUAGUCACAUCAUUCUAUAACGCCCAAUGUUAUCUUUCUAGCAAAGAUUACAUUGUUACUUUUUGGAACAAUUGGGGAAGCAACAACUAGGGCUUGUGGAGUCGUAUGAAGUCAGAGCUGGGAGAGAUGAAAUUUAAUAUGAUUUCGGGUUUUAGAUUAAUCUGUCUGGAUGGAUGCCACACUGCAUUUGGUUUAUUGCCUGUUGGGGAUGCACCAGCAUGUGAUAGAGAUUUGAAGAGCUAGGGAGACAACAAGAAUCUAAGGAUGCUGUGCAUGGUGGAUGAGAAAUUUCUAUAUAUAUAUAUAUAUAUAUAUAUAUAUAUAUAUAUAUAUAUAUAUAUAUGCAGGUCAAUCUUUUCUCUCUUGGCCUCUCAUGCUUGAUGUUUUGGUUUCACUUGCUUAAUAUAUUAUAUAUUUGCAUCCUCUAUAUGAUCCCAGAAAUUGUAUAUUUAGAGUUGUAAUUCUUCUGUUGCAUUAAUGCUGUACCAGAGCUAUACAGUUACAACUUGACACUCUAUUUGUAGCAUUGUAUUGGAGGAUCAUGGCCAGUCAACAACUACCAAGGUGUGGGAACCAUCUGCCCUACUUUUCUUUCUAAAGUAUAAAAUAUUGCAUCAGCAUACUUUGUAGUUUA